GGUUCGCGCGCUUAUCGAUAGGCAAUGUUUUGGUUUUGUUUGCUUUCGGCAUAAAAACGUAGUUUUCAUGCGGUUUUUGCGGCAAUUUAGUGGCGUUUUUCGUUUGCGUUGCUCAGAUAUUCUUGUUAAUCGGCCGCAAGUCAGAGACUAUAAACAAUUAUCGUGCCUGGCGAAAAUGCAAAGCCCCAAACUUUUGAGAAACGCGCAGACCCAACAUGGAGAUGCCUCAUCCGUGGACGUGGAGAACAUAUUCCUGCACCGCCACAUGCUGUCCACAAAUCCGUCUUCAGGCGGCAACAUCACCGAUCGGGAAGAGUCCCCCGAAUGCGUGUGGUUUCCAGAUGAUACGGAUGGGAAUCCAGCCAAAAGCAAAGAUCCACCGAUUUCCCUAUCAGAGGAAAAGUCUGAAACGCAAACAAAAGAAAUUCUGGCGGAAAAACGAAAAGCUAGCAGCGCAGAUGACGAAGGCCAUGUAAAAAAAGUAAAACUAGAUGCCAAUGGACUUAAGACCAAGCGUCCUGGAUUCAGCGAUGAAAGAUACGACGAAACCUCUUAUUAUUUUGAAAACGGUCUGCGAAAGGUGUAUCCCUAUUUUUUCACAUUCACGACGUUCGCCAAAGGUCGUUGGGUUGAUGAGAAAAUUCUGGAUGUAUUUGUCCGUGAAUUCCGAGCUGCUCCGCCAGAGGAAUAUGAGCGCAGCCUGGAGGCAGGGAAAUUGACUGUCAAUUAUGAGAAGGUUCCCAAGGACUACAAAAUCAAACAUAACGAUCUGCUGGCCAAUGUGGUGCAUAGACACGAAGUCCCUGUUACUUCACAGCCCAUCAAGAUUGUGUACAUGGACAAGGAUAUUGUGGUUGUGAAUAAGCCAGCAUCGAUACCUGUACACCCUUGUGGGCGAUAUAGACAUAACACGGUGGUGUUCAUCCUGGCCAAGGAGCACAACUUAAAGAACCUGCGAACCAUCCACAGACUGGAUCGACUUACGUCUGGCCUUCUUUUGUUUGGACGGACUGCUGAAAGAGCCCGCGAACUGGAGCUGCAAAUCCGAACUAGACAAGUGCAGAAGGAAUAUGUUUGCCGCGUUGAGGGACGCUUUCCAGAUGGCACAGUUGAAUGCAAUGAGAAAAUCGAUGUCGUGAGCUACAAGAUCGGUGUUUGUAAGGUUUCACCAAAGGGCAAGGACUGUAAAACCACAUUUAAACGAAUUGGCGAAGUGGGCAGUGAUAGUAUUGUUUUGUGCAAACCCCUAACAGGACGAAUGCACCAAAUACGAGUGCAUUUACAAUACCUAGGCUAUCCCAUUUCAAAUGAUCCCUUGUACAACCAUGAAGUUUUUGGACCAUUAAAAGGCAAAGGUGGAGAUAUCGGUGGAAUAACCGAAGAGCAGUUGAUCAGUAACUUAAUUAGCAUUCAUAAUGCCGAAAACUGGUUGGGCUUGGAAGGAGAUCAAAUCGUAUCAGCAGAAAUAAAAGGCGGAGCAACAAGUACUUCAGUAGUAGAAAACCCUUUGAAUAGUGAGACCGCCGCGCCUGUGAUUUCGGAAACACUUGAACCAAAUAACGCAACUGCCACUCAAACGUGCUAUGAAGAGCCAGACAGAUCAUUCGAUCCAAAAAAGACAACUUCGGACCCACAAUGUUCUGAAUGCAAGAUAAACUACAGGGACCCCGGCACAAAGGAUCUCAUCAUGUACUUGCAUGCUUGGAAAUACAGGGGUGUUGGCUGGGAGUACGAAACAGAACUGCCGGACUGGGCUUGUAGUUCGAGUAUUGAUUACGAUCAAUUGUAAAUGGAAUAUGACGCUUCAGUAAAAAGUUUUUACAGAGUAUACAAAAACUGUUUUUUCAUCUUAUAACUCUACGUUCUCAAUGUUUUUUGGAAGUAUUGAUUUAUUUGUCGUAUUCUAAAUUGAAUGUUUAAAAUGAAAGAGGUUUUGCUAUUUUUGUUAUGUUUGCCAGCCGUAUCGAUUGGACAGCUGCGAAACAAUUCAGUCGAAGAUAUUGAUCCCAAAUUACUGAACCAAUAUCAAAAGCAAGGAGAUGUCCUUGUCGAGUACUAUCUAUCAUCGUGCAGCGGAUGUCCUAGGAUGCCAACUAUCCUGGAUGAAACUCUUGAAGAACUUCAUCUGACCACUCUGCGCGCAGUGGUUUCAAUUGACUGUAGGAAAUAUUUCAAACAUUGCAUAAGAAGACAAAUUAAUCAAUAUCCGCAAUGGCUUUGGAUUGAAAAAAGUGGUGGGAUAAGAGUAAUUAAUAACUUUGAAAACCAACUUGAAUUAUUAACUAAAUACAUAAUAUCAAAUGAUAAUUCAAAA